AAAGGACCGUGGAGCCAGACUGACGCAGAGGGGAAGCACAUUUGCCAAGAGGUAACAGGUGGAAAGAUAACUCGACGGGAUUCAGCGUUGGUUCAACACUAGCGACAGGCUGAACUGCUGGGAUCUUGCCUGAAAUGGAGUUUUUUAAUCUUAAGACCUCUGUUGCACGCAUUUAUGAUGAGUUCAUCCAAAACGCAGAUUCACGGACAGAACAAUGGCUGCUCAUGUCGUCUCCUCUUCCCCAAACCAUCAUCAUCGCUGCUUACAUCUACUUUGUCACGUCACUGGGCCCUCGACUGAUGGAGAACCGGAAAGGCUUCGACCUGAAAGGAGUCCUUGUUGUCUACAACUUCAGUGUGGUGGCUUUGUCACUCUACAUGUGUUAUGAGUAUGUGAUGUCAGGAUGGGGAACUGGAUAUUCAUUUCACUGCGACCUUGUUGACUACUCUGACUCGCCACAGGCUAUCAGGAUGGCAGCAACGUGCUGGCUUUACUACUUCUCAAAGUUCAUCGAGAUGCUUGACACGAUCUUCUUUGUGCUGAGGAAAAAGAACAGCCAGGUGACAUUUCUUCACGUAUAUCAUCACUCCAUCAUGCCCUUCACCUGGUGGUUUGGUGUUCGUUUUGCUGCAGGUGGAUUGGGAACUUUCCAUGCCUUCCUGAACUGUAUUGUCCAUGUUAUCAUGUAUACAUACUACGGGCUGACUGCCAUGGGCCCCAACUACCAGAAGUACCUCUGGUGGAAGAAGUACCUCACUACCAUUCAGCUGAUCCAGUUUGUCAUGGUUACCACUCACAUCUCCCAGUACUUCUUCAUGAAAGACUGCCCAUACCAGUUCCCCAUCUUCAUCUACAUCAUCGGCCUGUACGGCCUGAUUUUCCUGUUCCUUUUCCUCAACUUCUGGUACCACGCCUACACCAAGGGCAAGAGGCUACCUAACGUACUGCAGGCUCAGACAUGGGCUCACCACACCAACGGAGUCAUGAAUGGAAACGUAGACCAUGACAAAUACCAGUGAGGCAUUCUGCUGAUUUUUGGGGUUGACCUCCUUCACACAAGCGAACCACUGUGGUGAAGUGGGAUGCCACCCAAUUUUUUAUUUUUAUUUUUUGGACUAUUUAUGUUGGCUGUUUUCUAUAUCUGUUAGACAAUCUUUAAAUUAUAGCCAAACCUGAUCUUUACCUACAAUAUUGAAAGGCUAAAAGCUUUUACUUGACCUCUGUUUAUACUGAAGGUGAUGUUUUGGUACAGAGACUUUAAAUGCAUGUUUUUCGUUUUUUUUUUUUUUUUUCUGUUAGUCUCAAACUGACCAUAGAGCUGCUGAAGGUGAAACUGGAUGACCCUCAGCUGUACAGAUCACCUGGAGUUUAAAAAUGUACUCCCAUCAUUUAUUUUUUUUUAUCUCCAUUUCUUCUCAGACUUCAAUUAUGUUUUUUUUCUUAAGUGGUGCACUGAGAUGUUAACGUUUGUUUAGUUCACUUGUUCUGACGACUAUGUCGGCGUGCUACGCACUGAUUACUUUUGGUAAUGCAGGUAUGGUCACUUCUCCACAGCAGCUGCCAAUGGUAGACAUGCAGUGAAAAGCCAAGUCUGAUUGCAGUGGCAUCAGUUUUCAUUCCUGUCUUCGUUCUCCUAUGAAGCAACGUUGUGACUCCCCAAUGUAAACCUAAUGGACUGCCGUGGUUCUUGUAGGAUCCAGAACAGACCUUUAAAACCACAGCUGCAGUCUUCACCGAGGUAUACUGCACAAUAACAGUUCAUUUUUAGGCCGAAUGUUCUUACUUUUGAGCGGUGUGCUAAUGAGGUUUUCCAUAGUUGGUGCCUUUGAAUGUCAGUUUUAUAUCUACUGAUCUUAACUGUGACCAUGAAUGUAACACUAUGGUGACUGAGGACACAGGAUUGAGCUUUGUGUGGAAGAAGUUCCACCUUUUAAUGAAACACAAACCAUCCCAAAAGGUUUACAGAUGAGUAAUAAUUAUAUAUAUUUUUUUCAGAUCAGUUUAUACCAAUGAACAAUACUGUAAAGAAAUGUGUUUAUAAUGUAUUUUAUAUGUAUUUAUGUAAAAAUAAACAAUGAUUGUACUUUGAAGCUGCUUCUGAAUUCAUGUAUUCAAAUUAUACAUUAUCUGAAGUGCCUUACGGAAGUCCUGCCAUCCGUUAAAUUUUGCCACAUUUUAGGUUGCAGCGUUUAACAACUUUCAAAUUUAAGUUUGACUUUCUACCUGGCGUAGAACAGUGAAGUGCACAUAUCCGUUUUAUCUGUCCAAAUAAUCUUUUGCUAAUUGCCUUAACUUCAUGAGAAAAAGAAUUCAUGACCAUUUCAGUUUUGAACUGAUCAGACACUAAAAGAACCAGGUUUAGCCAUAAACUAAAGGAGUUCUAAAAGGCUUAGUGAAGAUCCAAUGAUUUAUUUUUUCUUUACUAAUAACGGAUCUAACCUAUGUCCUGAAAAGGUAAAUGUAUGGCUUCUAUUGCAUUCUGCAAAUACCUUGCUGUCUGAGCGAGGCCUGGAGGUUGGGUGCACAGAUCCACAGCCUUUGGUGUGAAAAAUUGACCUGUAUGGAAGAGUGGCAAAAACAAAGUAAUUGUUGAGGGAAAAUCUGUUUUUAAAAGUUCACCUGUGUUCUUCAGGGGACACAAUGAAUGGAAGGUGCUCUCAUCAGAUGAGUCCAAAGCUGUGCACUAAACAUGUCACAAAACUAAUACAGUGCAUUACCCUGAAAACAAAAUUGCCUAAUUGAAACAUAGUGGUGGCGGCAUCAUGCUUCAGGGAUGGAGUUCUUCAGCUGCUGUAGAGAAGUUGAUCGGAGAUGGGUGGAGCUAGAUUCUUCCAAUUAUAGAGAAAUAAAGAGUCUGAAUACAUUUGUGUGCCACAUUUUUGAAAACCUGUAUUUCUAGAAAGUUUUGUAAACCAUUUAUUUUUCUUCUGCUGUGGAAGUAAAUGAUUUCUUUGUAAAAUC